GUGACCACUUUUGUACCAUCUUGGCCUCGUCCGUUUGUCUAGUUUUUAACCAAUAUCAACCAAAAUGGUACAAAUCUGGUUUAUGGACAACGAACAAACCGAUCAGCGACUGGAACACAAACGCAGUCCACCCAAAUAUUUGGAAUUGUCGGAGCUUUACAAAAAAACCGGCGUGGAGUACUUUAAGAUCAAUGCCGACGACUAUUUGAAUGAUAAGCAACUAAGUGAACUGCGUACUACACGUGGUUACACCUACGAGGAUGAGAUCACUUGCUCGGAAAAAUGUUUGCCGGAUUAUGCCAACAAAUUAAAGUCAUUUUACACGGAACACUUGCAUACAGAUGAGGAAAUACGAUUGGUCUUGGACGGAUCCGGUUACUUUGAUGUGCGCGAUGGCGACGACAACUGGCUGCGAAUUCAGGUUAUAAAGGGGGAUAUGAUCAUUAUUCCAGCUGGCAUCUAUCAUCGCUUCACUUUGGACACCAAUAACUUUAUUAGAGCAGUUCGUUAUUUUAUUGGCGAACCUGUUUGGUUACCACACAAUCGACCAGCUGAUGACAUGGAUUGCCGUAAGGCCUACUUACAGAAUCUUGGCCAACUUGGCAAGGCUUAGAUAAUUAUUUAUCAUUUAUAUGUUGCAUAUAUCCUUGCAAUAAAAUAACUCGUUUGUUUUUUUUAA